AUGUUAUCUAGUGAUUCAUUACAAACAUCACCACCACCACCAUUAUCUAAAGUCUCAUCAUCAUCCUUCCAAUUAGUUUCAGCAUGUACGCGUAAACAAAAACGUCGACAACGCUAUGAAUCAAAUACAACUGAUAGUUCAUCAUCUCGAACUGUCAUUCGUCGAACAACAUCAUGGCGAUGGGUAAUUGUGUUUGGUUCAUUUUGUAUUCAUUUUGUUGCCGAUGGACUUCUCUUUUCGUUUGGUAUGCUUAUGCAUAUAAUUAAAGAUGAUCUUAAUCUUGAAUUACAUACUGUCGGUAUUAUUGCAUCAUUAUUUGCUAGUUUACCCCUUUUAUUAGCACCAUUAUGUAGUGCAAUGGUGAAUAAAAUUGGAUGUCGUAUUAUGACAAUGUUAGGUGGUUUUCUUUGUUCUGUUGGUUUAUUUUUAGCGGCAUACUUUGGUAAUUUCAUUGGCGCACUUAUGGGUAUUGGAAUAACUUGUGGUAUUGGUUUAUCGUUUGUAUAUGUUCCAGCAGUUGUUAUUGUAGCACAUUAUUUUGAUGAAAAUCGUGCUAUUGCAACAGCUGUUGCUGUUGGUGGAACUGGUAUUGGAAAUGCUGUUGUUGCCCAAUUAAUUCACGUAUUAAAUGACUAUUAUGAUGAUUGGAGAGAAACAACAUUAUUUUUAUCCGGUGUUCUAUUCACAAUCGUUUUAUUUGGAACACUUUUUCGUCCUGCUCAAUUUGAAUUUCAUCGUAAAAAUAAAAAUUAUCAUCAUACAAUGAAUGAUAAACGUUUACCACCAUCAUGUAUGACAUCAAUUGAAAAAUUACAACGUUUUGUAAAUGAAAUGGAGAAACAACGUGCAUCACGUCAAACAAAUCAAAAUGUUAGUAUAUCAUUAUCAAAUAAUGAACGAUUAUCAACAGUAAAUAAUGAUAAUGAUUCAAUAUCGAUUGCAAAUGAAUCUGAUUUAUUUGAUUCGUAUUCAGCAGAUGAUAUAACAGAAAUUCAACAUGAAAAUGGUUUAAAAAUCGAUAUUGUUACAUUUCGAGAAAAAAUUUUUAAUGAUAUGACAUUUAUUAAUGAACGAUGGAAAAAAAUAGCGAAAAAACAAGGUGAAACAGGAACUAAUUCAAAAUUAUUUCGUAUGCCUAAUUUUCGUUAUUUAAUAUCAAAUAAAGUAAAAGAACGAAAUAAUACAUUAAUGAUUCCAAAUCAAAAUACAAAUGUAUUAAUUGAUAAAAUAAAUCCAUUAUCUCAUCGUAGUCAUCAUAAUGGGCAAAAUCAACAAGUACCUGUCAUAAAUGAACAAAAACAAAAUGAGGUUUUAUCUCAAACACCAUUGGAAGAAAUUACUAAUAAAAAAGAAACAACGACAAAACCAGAAUGUAUUGAUUUGUUACCAAUGUCAAAUAAAGAGACUGUUUUAUCUCGACAUCCUUCAAUUCGUUUUCGUUGUCUUGCACUAGAUAAACAACAACAACAUUUAUUACAAGUUUAUUAUCAACCAAUUAAUCAAAAAGAUAUUUUUUAUCCUGGUAAUGUACCAAAAAAACUAUCCAAUAAAUCACAAGCAUUAUCAGCAACAAGUUGUCCUGAUUUAAUACAACCAUAUUUUUAUGAAGAAUCGGCAACAUCAAUUUCAAGUUCAUCAUCAGAAUCUGACGAUGAAAAUGGUUCACUACAUCAUCAUCGACAUCGUCGAUUACUAUUUUAUCGUAGAGGUUUAACAUUUCUUCAUACAUUACGUCGUAUGUUAGGUUUACAAUUAUUUCGUGAUUAUCGUUAUGUAUUAAUAUUUAUAUCACAAUUUCUAUUUUAUUUAUGUUAUGAUUUAAUUUAUUUAUUCCCAGUCGAUUAUGGAGAAACAGUUAUUGGUUAUUCAAAAAGACAAAUGACUAUGUUAGUUACGAUUCUUGGUGUAGGUCAAUUUUUUGGACAACUCUUUUUUGGUUUUUUGGCAAAUUAUUCAUUUAUUGAUGAAUUAAUUCUUUAUAAUGUUGGUGCAAUACUUUGUAGUGUUGCAAGUUGUCUUAUACCAUUUGUUGCUUAUUCAUAUAUUGCAUUAAUAAUGACAAUUCUUCUCUUUGGACUUUCAGUAUCAGCAAAUUAUGCAUUAACAUCUAUUAUACUGGCAAAUAUGUGGGGUUUAGAAUUAUUAACAUCAGCUUAUGGACUUAUUUUACUUGGACAAGGUUUAUCAUCUUUAUUUGGGCCCGUUUUGGGAGGUUGGAUUGCUGAACAUUAUGGAUAUAAAGCAUCAUUGAUUUUAGCUGGAGUAUUUAUGGGUCUAUCCGGUGGUGUUACAAUUAUUUUAUAUAUACUUCAAUGUUUUUAUAAACAAAAAAAACAUACAGAAAAUGAAACGACGGUGAAAACGAAUACAACGAUUGUCACGUCAGAUAAUCUCGGAUGA